GUCGCACGCCAAGGACGCGACUCGCACGUCCAAAUAUUCGCCGUCCGUUCAGCCGUGGCGGCAACUACAAUGUAAGUGAUCGGAAGAUGAUGGCAAGGGAUGAGGAGGAGGAGGAGGAGGAGGAGAUACAGGAGGGGGAGCACUGCGCAGCCUGGCGCCCGCCCAGAGCGGCGGAGGCGCCCGCGGCGCUCCGGACGGCGGCGGCGGCUCCUGCGAGCCAGCGAGGCCGGCGCGCUGCGAAUUGCAGGCUGGAGGCGCGGCGGCGAGCGGCACGGCCGCUCGCCGGCGUCGCGCGCCGCGCUCGCGCUGCCUGGGCAGCGCCUCGAGACGCAGAGAGGGGCAAAGGGGGGCUGGCACCCAGGGAGAAUCGGGGGAUCGAAGAGCAGAGAGGGAGAGAGCGAGGGCAGCGGCGCCGGGCCUGGCCAGGGGGGGCCCCCGUGAAACACGCCCGCGCCCAGCGCAAGCAGGGCAUGGGCCGAUGAUCCUCGGCACGCGUGCUGGUGCAACGCGCGCUUGUCCACCGAACUGAACGGGGCAACGCACACGUCGGACCAGCAAGCGUCCUCCUCGAACGCUGGCAUGGGCCCGCGGCGCGGCCGGGGAGACCCGCGGCGCGACCGAGGAGAUCCGUGCCGCGGCUGGGGAACCCUGCAGGCCGCAGCGCGGCCGGGCCAGAGCCCCGCUGCCGGGGCUGCGCGCUCAGCACGCGCCCGCCACGGCCACGCGCAGGCCCGCGGCGGCCGCG